CCAGCCUGCCUCCAGAAAUAGCACUCUAGAAGCAGUAGCAGUUUCACUCUGCUCUCAGUGUCCAGCCUGCAAAGAGGCACCCUGUUGCUGCUCUGUGAUCUGAAGCAGUAAGAGCCAUGUCUUGGGGAGUCUACGCUCUGCUCAUCGUCCUGUGCAAUGUUAGGUGCUUGAUCCGUGGGGCUUCCGUGGCGAUCCCAGACAUUGCUGUGAGAUGUGCUGAAGAAGUGCUGCUGCCCUGUAAAGUUCUUCAGGACUCCUCAAUCACCUACCAGACAGUGUCUUGGUAUAAAAUGGCUGGAGAUGGUGAAGAAAUAGCAUGGAAAGUCCUUGAUGUGGAAUCUCAUUAUCCAAAAGAACUUGGGGGGUCCCUGGAGCUCUCCAACGACACCUACUUUUCGCUGAGGAUCAAAAACGCGACCAGCCAGAACAGCGGGACGUAUAAGUGCACUUUGGGGGUACAGAGCGGAGAACGCAACCUGAGUGGCACAGUCACGUUAAAAGUAACAGGUUGCCCUGGAAUAGAAGAUGAAAAAUUGAAAAAAUACAAAGCCGAGCUUUUCAUGCUGACUUGCCUUGGGAUUUUUUACUUGCUGCUCAUCCUUUUUACCUGUACGUGUCUAAGAAAAGAGAGUAUGUCUCCCAAUUACCAAAAAAACAGACCAGAUUUGAAACACAUGCUCACCCCCAUCAAUGUACAUGAAAUGACAACUUUCCAGGAUUUAAACAGCAACAGCACUUGUAAAAAUGAGCUUACUUCAAGUUCUGUCUAAGUUAACAUUGCUGGCACCAAGGGGUGACCAGUAGACACGACACAAGCUGGAUGGCUGGGUGGUACAGAGAGGAGAUAAACGAUAAUGUACAGCCUCUUCAGAGCAGGUUGAGAGUGCAGGUAGCAGUGAUCUGCCUGCACAGGAUGAGCCCUCGACAAGGACUGUUAAGCACUACAGUAAUUUUGGGGAGCUAGGCGGCUUAGAAAUACCGUCACAGCUACACAACGGUGCUACCGUGCUGUUAUGAAGUUGGCAUCAAAUUUAUUUCACUUUGCCGUGCAGCUCUCUUGUUCGGAGGGAGAACAUGCCUGCGAUACAAAGACCAAGUUAUAGGGAGGCCACGGCAGUGUGAAGGAUUAAGCUCUUCACUGAACUAAUAGCUCUCAUCUUUCACAAGUAAACACAACAGGUGCUGCUGUAUGAAAAGGUGAGUGUGGGGGGCUGUCUGCUCCGAGCCUGGUUCUGGAUGGAGUUCCUGCACCGCAAAUGGGAUCUGGCUUGCCACGUGAUGCUCAAGUAAGCUGCAGAGGUGACUUCAUCCUCUUGUCCUGGGUGAAUCAAAUCAAUAUUUGCUUUUAAAUCUCAGAGUGGCAGAUAGGCUGAAAUGUAAGAAGGGAGAAAAUAUUCUGGAAAUCUUUCUGAAACGAGAGGAACUUUCUUUCUCUGCAAGAGAAACAGAGACACAUUUCCCAGAGGUAUCUCUAGAUAGGUCAAUCCAUAGGAAGCUUCAACAAGACUGUUAACCUUAAACCAACAAAAACAAGAAUGAAGCCGCCCGUGAUAUUAAGGACAUAUAAAGAUGACUUAUUUUGUGGUUUAUUAAAGAUGAAGUCAAAUGCAUGCGACACCUACGUCGGUCAAGUUACAGGAGUGAUGAUCAAAGAUAGCUUGGAAGAAAUCAACUCUGUAUCUUUGGGAUGUAUUAAGUCAGCUGUGAGAUACAGGAAUGGAAGAGGGGGAAUAAGAGUGCCUGCUGUUGGUGCUGACCGUGUUUAGUAUAUGUGAAACAAGGACGUGAGGAAAGCUGGACUCAGGCACACAGUAUAAGGGAGAGAAGACUUGUCCUCCUGGACCAAAGAAAGCAGGAGAGAUUUGGGAACCUGAAAUCAAGGAACAUCCCUUAUCAGGCUGCUGGUGCAGAAGGUGAAGCAAGAGGAGCCUAGAGUGACUGUGGGUGUUUACAACACGACACAAGCAUUUGAGCCACAACAUGAGAAUUCACAAGCACUUAAGGACACGCACAAUCUUUUAAAAAAACAAACAAACAAACAAAUCCUCCAAGAACUAAAUUGCAACAUUGGGAUUUCUAAUGCAGUUUGAAAUUCCAGGCUGUUGACAAGGAUGGUCUUUCUGUAAUCCUUUGACUAAUUAAUGGUGAAGUGCUGAUGGGGAGAAAGCACUGUGCAUCACUUAGUAUUGCUUCUGUGAGCAGGGUGUAUGUCUGCAUUGCUGGAGUCCAAGGGAUUCCUGACCAGAAAAAUUGUUACAAGGGAUGUGCAAUUUACUUAGAACGUGGUCAAUUAAUGCUGCAUUUUCUUUGUUAUAAUCAAUUUUUACAUAUAAUUGUGUGUAACAUACUUGAAACAAAAUUUCAGAGGUAACCUACCAUUUGUUUCUGUGUGUUGCAUACGACAAAUAAACCCAGAAAUACUAGGUA